AUCCACUCAAAAGAUGCGAGUGAAAAUGGGAGCUAAGUUCGUAGAAACCUCCUCUGUUGACUACCCUCUCAUAAGCGUUGACCUGUUGGUAGCACAAAAGAGAAACCAAUCAUUAUGGUUAGUCUUUACAUGCUUUUCUGUUGUUGUGCUUGUUUGUGAGUGGUUCUUGCGUUCUGUGCCGGUAAAUUAUGGCGGCAGCACUGCUGGGAGGAGCUGCCAUUGGAGCUGCCUUCGGAGAAUUGCUGAAGGCGGUUCUUGAAGUUAAGGACAAGGCCAGCAAUUUCAAGAAUACUUUGGCGUACCUGAGAACGAUUCUGGUGAAGAUAGAUCCUUUGAUCAAGGAAAUGGAGCAACAGAACGAUGAAUUAGGGCGGCCGAAGGAGGAGCUGGAUUCGCUGAUUGAAGAGAUGGAAGAGGGGACAAAGCUUGUUUACAGGUGUUCCAAGAUCCAUAGGUUGAAUUUCCUUGCCAGGAUACAGUACCAAGAUGAACUUGCCAAAUUGGUGGUGUCUCUAGAACGUUUCUUUAGGUUCGAUGUGCCGGCUCAGACUUCAAGAGAUACCAAAGAGACCUUGCUCAAAGUCACAAGGAUACUUAGUGCUGUUAGGAAGCUCCCCUUAGCUAGAACUGAAAGCGCAACCGGUUCGACUUCUGACUUGGAUUCUAUGCCUCUGGAGACGGAAGCUGAUUCUACCGAGGAAGCCGCUGAAUUAGAGCGCCUUGCUAAGCCGGUGUUGGAAGAUAUUGCCAGCCUUGUGCAGAAGGGUAGCCAAGCAGAGGCAGAAAUACAUAAAGGGCGUCAAGACUUGCAAAACAAGCAUGAAGCAAGUGGUAGACUGAGAAGCAGCAUUGAGUUUUUUGGCAGUAGAAUGGGAUUUACAGUUAGUGAUUCUAUUUUAUUCCAUGAAAAUAAUUCGAUUGCUGAAAAUAUCUCUAACCUAGAAGAUGCGUUUAAGCAGUUAUUGGCAUUUUUCAGCAAGCCUGUGGAACCUAAGCACCUCUUUGAUUGCCUUACAAACUCUAUGCGACCCUCGUCAGGAUCUCCCGGCCAUGAGGGUGAUCCUAGUGGAAAGGAACCUUCCUCUUCUCAUCAUUCCGAGUCCCAUGAAAAUAACAAUAGUGCUGACCCUGUUUUAUGUACUCUUCUCAAUCUUAUACCAUCAAGAAUUGUGUCACCUCUACAUUACUUAGCUCAGCAACUGGUUGAAGCUGGUCAACAACAACAGCUACUCAGAAUCUACAGAGAUGCCCGUUCUAAUUGGUUGGAAGAAAGCAUCCAAAUAUUUGGGGUUGAGAAACUCAACAAUGAUGAUGCUCAAAAGUUGCAGUUGGAGAUAUUAGAAGCCAAAAUUGGAAGCUGGAUUCAUAUAAUGCCUAUAGCCGUCAAGCUGUUUGCUGGAGAGCGGAAUGUUUGUAAUCUGAUAUUUGAAGGCUUUGAUUCACUCGCUGAACAGUGUUUCUCCGAGGUGACUACAAACAAUAUCUCCAUGCUACUUAGUAUUGGUGAAGCAAAUGCCAAAAUCAUUAAAUCCCCGCAAAACUUCCAUUUACUUUUAGACAUGUGUGAAACAAUGUUACAGCUUCAUUUAGAGAUUGAAACACUUUUUAGAGGCAAAGCUUGCACUGAAAUAAGAGAAGCAGUAUUUCGUUUUACAAAACAACUUGCACAAAUGGUCAACGAGGUCUUUGGAGAUCUUGAACAAGUAAUUGAAAAGGAUGCUAUAGAGACUGCAGUAACAGAUGGAGUGCAUCCUUUAACAAGCUAUAUGAUUGAUUUUGUGAGGGUUUUAUAUGACUACCAGUCCACCUUGAAGCAAUUGUUCCAAGAAUUUGAAGGUGGAGACUAUUCUUUGCAGCAGGCAUCUGUAACUAGGCGAAUAAUGAAGGCUUUGGAAUCCAAAUUAGAUUUGAAAUCAAAGCAGUAUAGAGACCCUGCAUUUAAGCAUAUUUUUCUCAUGAACAAUAUUUAUUAUAUUGUUAAAUUUGUUCAGAGCUCUGAAGCCAAGGAUAUAUUAGGGGAUGAUUGGGUACGACUACAUAGUGGAAUUGUGCAGCACCAUGCAAAUCAAUACAUAAGAAAUGCUUGGGCAAAGACUCUGCAAUGCCUAUCUGAAAAGGGCAUAUAUGUUGGCAUGAACAAUGGUGUUAGCAGAGCAGUUCUUAAGGACAGGUUGAAGACAUUCAAUGAUAUGUUUGAGGAACUCCAUCGGAAGCAAUCUCAAUGGAAAGUUCCUGACGCUGAAUUGCAAGAGUCUCUACAGCUUGCAGUUGCUAUGAUCGUGUUGCCUGGCUAUACAUCCUUUGUGGGACGUUUUUUGUAUUGUUUGAACGUUAAGCACAUCAAAUACGCACCAGAAGAUCUAGAACAAAUGUUGGGUGACUUUUUCGAAGGAAAAAUCAUGAGCCAAGCAAAACGAUAAAUAAGUAGCUGAUGAUUAAUUUGGGAUGGUAGGCAGAGGCAAAUGAGUGGCUUUGGUAUCUGAUUGCAUCUUCUAGUUUCAUGGAGGAGGAUUGAUGCAAAUGUGUUAAGAGAUUUUGGUAUUACAACAUAUCCAAAGUCUCACGUCAGAUAGUAUAGGAUACUUGAUGUUGAAUCUAAAGAGAGUUGUUGUUUCCCACUAAUAGGACUUUAUUAGCCUAGCUGCUUCUUGCGAUGCUAAUGCAUGGAAAUUGAGAUUUAUUCCCUCACAUCCCAUCAGGUUUGAAAUGGUAGUUGGUUGCUUUAGUUCUGCUCCUGUUGUUGUUUCCAUUUUCAAAGGUGGCAUGAUGCAGCAAUAAAAAUUUAAAGUUGAAUAA